GCAUAUAUGCUGAAGUCAUUUGAAAUUAACGGUCUGCCCAAGGCAGUGCCUUUAAGUUUGCCUUACCAAGACUUCAGAAAAGAUGUGUCAGACUACUGGGAAAAGCCUAAGGUAUCCCAGCGGAUAAAGAAAGUUGAUUUCUCAAAUGUUGUCUUGACUGCUCCUUGCAAACCUCUGGAACCUUAUCUGGAAAUUAAUGGAAAAGAAGAGGAAGAAGAAGACGAGGAAGAAGACGAGGAGGAGGAAGACGAUGAGGAGGAGGCAGAAGAGGAAGGGGAUGAGAUUGACAUGCAUAGUGGUUCCAGCAGUGACCUGAGUCAAAAAAGCACAGAGCGCAGCCAGGAGUGCGCACCAUCCACGCUCCUGGCUGAUGACCAGAAGGGAUCCAAGGGUCGCGCAUCCACUGCUGAUGGGGACCUGGAGCUGGAGGAAGGAUCAAAAACACUAGUGCUGUUUUCACCAGGUGAUCUGAAAAAGUCUCCGGUGACCACAGACUUGGCUCCAGAAGUUGAUCUGGGCACGCUUGCUGCACUGACACCUCAGAGCGAGCGGCCACAGCCUAUGGGUAGCCAACUGGAUGUAUCUGAGCCCAGGACCCUGUCUUCAGUCCUUAAAUCUGAACCAAAGCCUCCCGUGGCAGUGGCUACAGCUUCCUCCCCCUUUACCAAAGUUGAGCGCACAUUUGUCCAUAUUGCUGAAAAGACCCACUUAAACGUCAUGUCUUCCAGCGGCCAGCUGAUGAGGCAUGAGGAGUACUGCCCUCCAGGCCAGUUUGAGGAGGUCAUUAUCGAAGAGGAGCUGGAGGACAACCUGGCGCUGGUAGAGAAUGGAAGCAUACAUUCGGGGCUAGAAGGGGCAGAGACGGAGAGCUGUGCACUUUCCGCUAAUCCCAUCGAAACCACCUCAGAGACGGUGGGGGAGCAGCUGGCCCUUCCCAAUGGCAUAGCAAAGCCUCCUGAGGACAAGCCAGAGCUCUCCGACAAAGCAGCACUCUCAAUGGAUUUGGAAGAGCCUGGCAAGGUGGUUACAAGGGAGCCUGACCUUGAGAAGCCGGCAUCGAUAGCAGAACACCUGAAGCGAGCUGAGACCCUCCUCGACACCCCGCAGCAGGGCCCCAGGAGACCUCUGGGCUCCAGGUAUAGAAGUCGGAUACCCAUUUUGUUCUCUGAGGAGGACACCGGCUCAGACCUUUCAACUUCACUCUCAGCCAAAGAGAGGCUUUAUAAGAGGGCAAAGCAGCCUGACUUGGCUCGCCUUGUGAUGGAGAAGAGGCAAAACCGCCUCCUUCGGCUGGCCUCAGGGGCCUCGUCCUCAGCAUCCUCCAGCGAUGAGAGGAUGCGUCGGGCCUCAGAAACCCUGUCGGCCACCGGUUCUGAGGAGGACACCCACGACUCUGAUGACUCCAUUCCAAGGAAGGCAGGGAAGGAGAAGGCUGCCCUCCUGGGGAAAGAAGAGAGACCCAUAAGCACAAAGAGCAGAAUUCCUCGGCCCAUCACGCCAGUGAAAACACCGCUGGAGGCACCAAAGUCCGAGAGCUCCAUGGCCAUCCCGAUGGCCGUGCUAUGUAGCUCCCCGCAGGAUGCAUCUGUUGCCUACAGGCUUCAGGCCCAGAGACCGGCUGGAAGUAUCCCAAAUGAGUGUCGAACAAUGCAGAUACAAAGUCGGCUUCCUCCUUCGUCCAGCUCCACUUCUCUUCCUCCACGGAGCAGCUCACGGAGGUCCAGCGGUGCAUCCCCUCGGAGCCCUGUCCUUCCUUCGAGAAACCCCAGUGCUUCCCCCAGGAGCCAGCUGCCACCUCAGAGGGAAAGUCCUUCUCCCUGCCGACAGCAGAAGCCUGCUCUUCAGCGAGCUCCUCCUCAACAAAGAGGGAAAACCCAGACUCAGAGUCCAGCAACCAAAGGAAAGCAGGUGUCCCUGGAAAGUAAGGCAGCUGCCAGAUAA